AUGAAGCGGGGCCAUCCCGCGCCGUCGGAACCUGAAGGCGAUGCCUGUUGGUCACUGUUCGAGGACUCGGCUGCUGAAGAUGGUCGGGAGGAGCCUGAAGGUGUCGGAGGUGUUCGAGCUUGUGAGCACCCCUACUUCACAGGGCGCACCUUUCCCAAGGAGUCUUUGCAAGAAGCCUUGGAUGAAUACGCACCGACAGCCUGUGACUUUCUGACCAUGGCGGGGGUGCAUGGCCGGUCAACUGCAGCCUUCUUGCACAAGGCAGCUGCACGGUUUCGCGCGGAUGACCACCAGGGCUGCACUGAGGCUGCACGCGUUGCCGCGGCAGGGGCUUGGCAGCUCCUGCAGGAGGCAGCUCCAUCGGAGGCCAUUCUGCACGCGCACGCGCUGUCUCACGCCAUGCUGGCUGCGACUCUCCCUGACCCACUAGAAGCGAUGCGGCAUGCAGAUCUGGCUCUCUUGCUUUGCCCAGACCUGUCCAUCGGGGCUCUGCACACCCUGGCGCAGCAGUGCAACCUCCGCUGCCAGGCCAAAGCAGCGAAAGGUCCUCGCGAGGAUCUGCAGACGUGGCAGGUCCCAGCAGUGUUGGACCCACGCAGCCCGAAGGUGCCACGAAUGUCGCACCCCAUCGAGCGUGUGGGUUGCCACAACCUCUCGAUCAUGUCCUUCCGGGAGCGGAUGCUGAAGCCGGCCUGCCCAGCAGUGGUGGAGGGGCACCUGUCUCAGGCUCAAUGGACGUCCCAAGGCUGGUCUGAUCUCAGGUUCUGGGCUGUGCAUCAUGGGCACCGCACGAUACCCAUCGAAAUGGGCGCUUCAGAAGACGAUGCAGCAAGCGUGGCGCUGCAGCAGUCGACGGUGUCAGAAGGAAGCCUCACCGUCUCGGACUUUGUGAAGCAGUUCCUCUUACCCUCGAAUGAGUCCUGCCAACGCGCACCAGAAGAGUGGCCCAGCGAGUCUAUCGACGAGUGGUCGGUAUCACAGGUGGCCUACAUGGCCCAGCAUCAGCUGCUCAUGCAGAUUCCGGAGCUUCGGUAUGUGCGCCUCUAUGCAUUCGAGCAGUCUGCGCACCUGUACGCAGAGGAUGCCCCGCGUGACCGGGGAAAGAAGCAUGGCGCUUCGUUCUCGCCUGUGCGUGUGGAGUCACCUGACCUCCAGGGAUUGGACAGGCUGCGGCCGACCCUAGGCGAGGAACAAACACACAAAGCAUCGUGUUGCAUUCAUGACAGCCAGUUCUCGGCCUUCGGCCGAGCCAUCAUUCCAGCCCUGUGA